AUGUAUACCCCCUUUGUAUUACAGUUUAAUGUAUGCUCUCUAAUCGACGUUAAAGAACGUGAUUCUCGCUCCCUGAUAACAUCCAUUUUCUCCCUAACUCCUUUUCUCAUUAUCUUUCUUCCGGUACCUAAUAAACGCCGGUCACGUUUCGUGCAGGUUUUCUUUCACCUGAAUUUCCACUUCCCUCCCUCCCUUUCCCUUUCCCUCCCUCCCUCCCUUUCUCUUCCUCCCUUCCCUCCCUCCCUUUACUUUCUCUUCCUCCCUUCCCUCCCUCCCUUUACUUUCUCUCCCUCCCUUCCCUCCCUCCCUCCCUUUACUUUCUCUCCUUCCCUCCCUUUACUUUCUCUUCCUCCCUUCCCUCCUCUACUUUCUCUUCCUCCUUUACUUUCUCUUCCUCCCUUCCCUCCCUCCCUCUACUUUCUCUUCUCCUUCCUUCCACUUUCCUCCCUUUACUCUACCUUCCGUUUAUGCCUUCCACUUUCUCCCUUUAUUCUAUCGUCCUUUCUUACAUUCCUCUUUCCCUUUACUGUCUCUUCCUUUCUUGCCUCCCUCUUUCCUCCCUUUACUCUCUCUUACUUUCUUGCCUCCCUCUUUCCUCCCUUUACUUUCUUCUUUCUCUUUCCUCCCUUUACUUUCUUGACUUUAUAUUACUUUCAUGCGUUCCUCUUUCUUCUAUCUUUCUUCCUUUCUUUCACUAUCUACCAAUACAAUUUCUCUUUUUCUUCUUCACUUGUCUUGUUUCAUGUUUUUUUCCAUUGUUAA